AUGAAGUACUUGUGCCACCCGGACAAGCUCUCAACAGUCGUGAGGGUGCAGUCGCAGACGGACCGCGCCAAGGUGCAUGAAGUCGAUUUUGGAAAGGCCCUCCAGCAUGCUGCCGGCUGGCGAUUGCAGGACUGCUGCACGUGCCGCUGUGGCCUUGUCUGCCGCCACAUCCAGAGCGUGCACGAGUACCUGUUUGUUGGCAGGCGCAGCAUGGACGUCUACCCCUUUUUGGACGAGCUCGCGCUUCUUCGUCGGGAGGCGGAGCUCGAUCUUGAGGAGGCACCAAACCGCAAGGACGCUCAUGAGCGCCUCGUGAAAGUGUCCCGCGCGAUGGAUGCCGCGCAGGCGUUUUCGCUUGCAUUUGCAGCCGCAACAAGCGAUCAGCGCAAGCCGAAUUUUAUGCUUGCACUGGCAGAGACGCCAAACGAAACAGCGAGCCCGGCACACGCUUCGCCCCACAAGGCCGCCAAAGCCUCUGGAGGG